GAUUUUCUAUGCGGUGACGUCCCUGGAACCGGGACACAUUAUACCUCUACCAAUGUGGUUUAGCCGCUCAUUAACUGUAACGGGCAAGUUUCACUGUUUUGACUGUCUCCGCAAGUUGUCAGGAGAGUUACAUGUAACAAUGUUGUAAACGGUAAUCGCCGGUCAAUAGGCCAAAUGGUUAAAGAGGAAGCGCAGUGUUAUUGCAAAAUAUGCUUGGUGGGUGGGUCUUAAAUGCCAGCGCCAAUGAAACGAAUAGAAUGAGCUGUAUAAAAGACGGGGACGUUUCAGUUUCAUGUAAUAUAAUAGCCAUUUAUCACCGUUGUGCAAAAGUGUGGUGGAACUAGAAUUAUAGGGAACAGUCGUAGUUCGUUCUAUUUGAGUGGCGUAAUCAUAUAUUUCUGUAGACAACUACGCGCGAGGUUGUUCCUCAACGCAUCGUUCAGAAUGGCUGGGCUGGUGAGUAGCAGAGGGUGUCACAAAAUCAGGGGUUCCCAAAUAAGAGAGCUCCUCGACUCCAAGCUCAACGUCCUUUUUGAUUGCGACGGAGUCAUCUGGAAUGGCGAAACGGUAGUGGCAGGCGCGCCAGAAGUGGUGACGCUACUGAAACAGCAAGGCAAAAAGGUAUUUUUCAUCACCAACAACUGUACUAGGCCCAGAGCGAGCUACGUGACGAAGUUUAUCCGGUUGGGCUUCACUGAUGUCGCAGAGGAGGAGAUCUUCAGCUCGGCAUACUGCUCUGCGGCUUAUCUGCGAGACGUGGCGAAGUUGCAGGGUAAGGUGUAUGUCAUAGGGUGCCAGGGCGUUGUGAAGGAGCUACGGGAGGCUGGGGUUCCCAUAGUGGAGGAGGACACUAACGCACCCACUGGGACCAUUUACGACUACCCGUUGGACCCAGAAGUAAAGGCAGUGCUUGUGGGAUAUGACGAGAAAUUUGAUUUCAUAAAACUGGCCAAAGCCUGCUGCUACUUACAGAAUACUGAGUGCCUGUUUCUGGCCACUGACCCUGACCCUUGGCACCCACUGCGAGGAGGCAGAAUAACACCAGGUUCAGGAAGCCUCACGGCCGCUGUGGAGACAGCCAGCAGCAGGAAAGCCACGGUGAUCGGGAAGCCCAGCUGCUUCAUGUUCGAGUGCAUCGCCAGCCAGUUCAACCUGGACCCCGGCCAGUCCCUCAUGGUGGGUGACCGCCUGGAGACUGACAUCCUGUUUGGGGCUAACUGUGGCCUGGACACCAUGCUCACCCUGACCGGAGUGUCCACUCUAGAGGAGGCGCACGGCUACAAGGACAGUGACGACCCCGAGCGGAAGGACUUCGUGCCAGAUUACGUGGUGGAGACCAUUGCCGAUUUCAUUGAAGCGUAUGAAGAGGAGGAAGGCUGAGGAGGACUAUAGAAAGAGGAGACCCCUGAAGCUGUGCCUGAGAGACCUGGGUCAUGUUCAUUAGAGUACGCAACGGAAAGCGUUUUAAACCACUUUGCAACGGAAAGUGAAAAUUCCCUCCCUGUUUCAAUCCAUUUGGUGCCUAAUGAACACGACCCUGGAUAUAUCAGAAGAGUGAUUCGUUUGGUGGUGUUAUAAGCAGUCAUUUGUAAAGCCUUUAAGAAGUCAGUGUGAUGUGUUAUAGUGCUUGCGACAGGCAUGCUGCGCUUUUUAUGCCGAUAAUCUUUGUCAUGAGGCAUGUAAAGAUGUGGCAUAACAUUUUGGAAAUGUUUUUGCAAUUUACAUGCUUAUGGCAAGUGAUAAUGACAUUGACCAGGAUGCAGUCAGAGAUGCGUUGUAGACGAGCCCAUUUCACUACAAUGAAGACCGCGUUCACGGUAAAACGCUGAAGAUGUCGACUCAUGAGGAAAUUAUCUUUUAAAUGUCAAGCACUGUGCACUUGUAUACAACAUGUCUUUGAUUGAGUCCAGGCCAUUGUGUAGUAUUUUGAAAAGCUUUAUGAAUGGUGGCAUAAGACCACCUGGAACAUUAUAUACUGACACCAAUAAUGCAGUGUGAGACUCCACCUGGUUGUAGUUCCUAGUGUUCAUUAUUUGGUGUAGUAGGAAUGUCUUUGGUUGUACUGUAGUAUAUCAUAGACGUCACCAUAUGAGCCCAAUAUACAAGCUGUUCUAUUUUCCUUGAGACCAUCCGGUGUUGAAAUGGAUAGGGAUCCAUCAAAGUGAAUCAUAACACCCAACGUAAAUGGACUGAAGUCAUCUAAACCCACAGAACCAACUGUGCUGUUCCACAGUCAAAACAUAAGAUAACGUAAGCUGAAAGCUUCCCUUGCAGCACCUUCAUCUUUAGUAUACCAAACCAAAUAGUGUGUUAGGUUUGAAUCCAACAACUGGUAUACCAAACUAAAUGUUGUUUUUGGAGCCAACUGGACAACAUUUAGCUCUGGAUAUAUGGAAAUAGGGCUGGAGAAUUGGUUUGAUGGAAAUAUGGAUAAAAUACUUGGUUUGAUAUUGGUUAGUUUUCCCACCAAGUCAAACCUUUGUUAAUGUGUGCCAGCAGCCUUGCUGUAGUUUUGGAUCCUUUGGUCAAUGAAUCCUUGACUGUAACAAAUAUGACAUGGAAAUUGUUCUCACUUCUCACCUUUCUAAAGAACAGAGCAUACGAGUGGUCCUGAAUUGAUCAUUACCAACAAUGAAAUGUGUAGGACUGUAUGUAGAUCUAAUUACCUUUUGAUAAGCCUUCUACUGAUCUAUUCUACAAGUAAUACUAUUUGAAUAGAACUUCAAGUGAUACCAAUGUUCAAUGAAGUGAAAUGUGAAUUUGCAGUGGAAAAUAUUCUACAGUAGUUUGGUAUUUGAAAGUCAAAAAGGAACUAGUAUUUUCCUUAACCAUACCACUGUAGAAUGUUAAGUUGCUGAAAUGUUAACUAUUAGGUGUGUUUGGGAACUGGAUUUUCAAUGUUUUUUUUUAUUGACAGGUGGUUAUUAACCUGAAGAAGGGUGUGUGGAUUUCAGUCAGGGUAAUAACAAGAACGGCAGACAAACAUUAUUUUAAUUGAGGGUAUCAGCAUUUUUUUUUUUAUCAGUCUUUUUACUUAGCUGGAGGUUGUGCUAGAAUUUUAUUGUAAGACUUAAGACACAUUUUCAUACUGUAGAUGAAGUACCUAUUUCAAUGGAAUGCCAACCUGUUUUGUAUGAACUUCAUAGACAUUCUGCAUAUUGUGAAUUAGGUUUGUACAUUACUUAAUGUAGUGUACAAUUGCAUUUAGUUUUUUAAAUUAAAACUCUUGCUUUGUAUAAUUUCUGUCACACUUGUUCUCUACCAGGUCAUCUCCAAAAUUGUUAUGAUGGAGAAAGCCCUUGAGGACAAAAUGUUCCUUGGUCACAUGGUUGGUUAGUAGAUGUUAAUGUGAGUGUAGAGAAAUGCAGACUUAGAGAAUGUCUGCUUUUAUGAAGGUAUUUUCAUACAUACUGCAUCUGUUUUACCAUUUAGAACUUAAAUCACUUUAUGUAUCUAGUAUCCCCCCCAUUUGAAGUAGGGAUAAGUAUUUGGACAAAUUCACAUAGUGUAUUAACCCUUUACACCUGUGGGAAUUGACCUACAUGGAUAGGACUACAUUGAACUUCGUUAAAGAAGAAAUAUAAAAACAUAAGGAUGGUAGCAAUUGGAGAUUAUGGCAAAAUUAUUAGACCAAAGUUGAGGACCGCAGUUCAACCCAAACAUUUGGGCUCAUGGGUGGCACAGCGGUUUAAGGCACUGCAUCUCAGUGCUAGAGGCGUCACUACAGACACCCUGGUUCGAUUCCAGGCUGUAUCACAACUGGCCGUGAUUGGGAGUCCCAUAAGGCGGCGCACAAUUGGCCCAGCGUCGUCUGGGUUUGGCCGGUGUAGGCCAUCAUUGUACAUAACAAUUUGUUCUUUAACUGAUUUGCCUAGUAAAAUAAAAAAUGAUACCAUUUGAUUUUAGGUGCAUUUUACCGCAUUUGAUAACGAUAUCUGAAAAUACUGUACAGCCACUACGUUCCAAUUAAGGUGCUUAUCAGUCCCGAAUCUGCCAUUUUCAACCCUGAUACAGGUAGGAGAGUAAAGGGUUAAAGUAGUCAAAACUGGGGAGAGGUUAGCCUGUUUUCUUGUAGACUCUUACUUUCUCACUCAUCAUUAUUUAUGAUUAAUUCAUGAUUUUUAAUCAUGGCAGCAUCAACAUGAAUUAAAAAGUGUUCACAAACACUUAAAAGGAAAUUACUCGAGUCAGCAUACACCAUUCAGUUACUAUUGGGCAAAACAUCACCUCGUCUCCAGGCUAUUACUCACAGUACAUAUAAACCUGUGACAUCAAUGAUUCAAAGAGUGACAUUAGAAUUCUAUGGGAGUGACCUUACUGAGUAAAGUAUUUGUCGAGCCGUGGCUCUGUUAACAAAGCUGGACAAGACACGUACAGGGGAGCGUUACGGGGAAGGUGUUGUGGGAGAUGAUUGAUUGGUUGGUAGAUUAAGCCUCCCUGUAUUUUCUAAUGAAGGCCAAGUUUGAGCGUUGGUCCACAAGACUUCGCGCAUUUGGGCAGAAGUGUCUGGGAACGAGAUUAGGCCAAAAAACAACCAAAACAAACUGCAAAUGCAUUUUUAGAGUUACAAGCUUGAUGAAGUCAUUGUGUGCAAGGAAUAUGAGACUAAAUACUAAACUUUUGAUUACUUUAACACCCUAUAAGCAAAUUUGUCCAAAUACACAACUUAUUCACUUGGGGGACUAGAUACAUAGUGUUUUCAUUUCUAAAUGGUAUAACAGAUAUGUAUGAAAAUACCCUCAAAUAAAUAGGUGACAUUCUGUAUUGUUGCCUCAUAUGAAACAUUUGAUCUCAAAUCCAAAAUGUUGGAGUAUAGAGCCAAAUAAAACAAUUUUGCUUCACAGUCCAAACACAUAUGGAAGGGAGUCUAUAUAUACAGUGCCUUCAGAAAGGAUUCACACCUCUUAACUUGAACAUUUUGUUGUAUUACAAAUUGGGAUUCAAAUGGAUGUCAUUUUUUGCAAACGAUCUACACAAAAUACUCUGUCAAAGUGGAAGAAAAAGUACCUCCACCCUCCAAAAUAUUGCACUAAUAUACCUGUAUAUUGAUUAGAUAAGUAUUCAAGCCCCUGAGUCAAUACAUGUUAGAAUCACCUUUGGCAGCGAGUCUUUCUGGGUAAGUCUCCAAAAGCUUUGCGCACCGGUGAUGAAAAAUAUUUGCCCAUUAUUCUUUUUAAAAAAUUGUCAGGCUCUGUCUAGUUGGUUGUUGAUCAUUGCUCGAAAGCCAAUUCCAAGUCUUGCCAUAGAUUUUCAAGCCGAUUGAAGUCAAAACUGAAACCAGGCCACUCAGAAACAUUCACUGGUAUGCAACUCCAGUGCCUUCAGAAAGUAUUCAUACCCCUUGACUUAUUCCGCAUUUUGUUGUGUUACAGCCUGAAUUCAAAAUGUAUUAAAUAUGAUUUUUUUUUACAUGCAAUUCCCCAUAAUGACAAAGUGAAAACGUGUUUUUAGAAAUAUUUGACAUUUUUUGGAAAAUGAAAUUAUAAAUAUUCACACUCCCUGAGUUAACUUUGUACAAGCUCAGUCAAGUUGGUUGUUGAUCAUAGAUUUUCAAGUAGAUUUAUGUCAAAACAUUAACUCGGCCACUCAGGAAAAUUCACUGUCUUCUUGGUUUAGAUUAUUAGGAUCCCCAUUAGCUACUGCAAAUGCAGCAGCUACUCUGCCUGGUGUCCACACAAAACAUACAAAUACAUGAAAGUACAGAACAGUAAUACACAAGAACAACAUAAGAUAUUACAUUAAAUAAAAAUUAAAAGAGCUAUAUAUAGGAAAGACAAAAAAAUAAAUGUUGUCUUGGUAAGCAACUCCAGUGUAGAUUUGGCCUUGUGUUUUAGGUUAUUGUCCUGCUGAAAGGUGAAUUAAUCUCCCAGUGUCUGGUGGAAAGCAGACUGAACCAAGUUUUCCCCUAGGAUUUUGUCUGUGCUUAGCUCUAUUCUGUUUCUUAUUUAUAAAAAAGAAACUCCUUUGCAGAUGACAAGCAUAUCCAUAACAUGAUGCAGCCACCACCAUUCUUGAAAAUAUGAAGAGAGGUACUCAGCAAUGUGUUGGAUUUGUCCCAAACAUAAUGCUUUGUAGAUUACUGCAUUUUUGCAUUUGGAGCUUGCAGGAAUGGCAUUUCACUGUAGUUGUGCACAGGACAUUAAAACUUGUAUUCAGGACAAAAAAACAAAUUUCAUUGCCACAUUUUUUGCAGUAUUACCUUAGUGCCUUGUUGCAAACAUGAUGCAUGUUUUGGAAUAUUUUUUUUUCCGGUAGAGGCUUCCUUCUUUUCACACUGUCAUUUGUUAGUAUUUUGGAGUAACUACAAUGUUGUUUGUCCAUCCUCAGUUAUUCUCUCAUAUUAGCCAUUAAACUCUGUAACCGUUUUAAAAUCAC